AUGUCUGCUCCCGUUGGCGCCGUUCCCUCGAGCUGCUGCAAGCGUGACGGUACCGGCUGCGUCUGCGCCAAGGAAGCCACUUGCUCGUGCGGCAAGCAGAAGGCCCUCCACUGCACCUGCGAGAAGGCCUCAACCGAGAACAAGGUCACUGGUGCCACCUGCUCCUGCGGCCAGCGUUCUGCCGGUGCAUGCACCUGCAACCGCUCAUCUGAGGAGAAUACCGUGUCCGGCGACAAGUGCGCCUGCGGCAAGAGGUCUAGCACCUCCUGCACCUGCGCUGGCACUGAGGCCGGCCAGUCGGAGCUGGAGACCGAUUUCACCACCAAGAAAUAA